AUGGAUGACAAUGCUAUUAAAAUAUGUGAUUUUGGAAUUGCUACUUACGGUGAAAAUACUGAAACGUCAGGAGGAAAAUGCGAUUAUAUGGCUCCAGAAAUGCAUUAAAAUACUGAGAAUUAUGAUAAAUCUAUUGAUAUAUGGUCACUUGGAAUUAUUUUAUAUUUUCUCUGUACAGGAGAAUCCUAGAUAAAUGAAAAACCUUUACACUUUGCCAAAUAAUGA